GCAGACCUUAACAUCUCAACUGAAAAACGCUACCUGUCAGCUUUCAAGUGUUGUUAAUGCUUCGAAGCCUCCAAACCCCUCAUUGUGCGGAUCCCAAUCCCCAUUACCCGUAGGGACUGUCAUCUGUUCCCCUUACCCGGGAGGGAGGGAAGUAGAGAGAGAGACAGAGAGAGAGAGAGAGACUGUGCUGUGGAUGUGGAAGUUCUAACUUCAAAAACUCUGGUUUCUUACUCUGCAACUAUUGCAUUCCACUCUCCUCCGCAGCAAUAGGUCUCUCUGGAACUCUUUUUUAUCUUCUUCUAAUGCUCCGCGGUUACGGUUUCUGAUUCGUCGCCAUGAACCGGAGUUCAAAGGAUUCCUUCGCCGGCGGGAGGAAUAUCAUGGCCGGAUCGCAGCACCGGAGGGGGAGGAGUACCUCUGGAGUCACUAGAGACACGGAUGAGAACUUGGAUCUCUUCUCGAGGAAUCGCCGGAGCCUCUCUGUCACAUCAACCGACGAAUCCGACGUUGCAGUGUCUCUUAAAUUAUGGAGACUUUCAGUUGGAUCAGCGAAACCAGCAAGUAAUGGAACGGAUGAUCUACUGUCAUCAGAAGAUGGAGGCAAGCACGAUUAUGACUGGCUUCUAACUCCUCCUGGAACUCCCCUUGUUUCUUCGUUGAAUGCAAGUGAGCCUCAACCAACUUUACUGGCUCCUCGGAGUAGUUCCUCUCUUAGAUCUGUCUCCAUCACCAAGGCUUCAAGGCUUUCGGCGACACAUUCAGAGAAUUCUUAUUCCUCAAGACCAAUUAGAAGUAGUUCAGUUACUCGCCCUUCCAUGUCAUCUGUUGUGCACAACAACACAUAUUCCUCCAACUCUAACAGAUCCUCAAUCCUCGACACCAGCUCUUUGUCAAUUACAUCCUCUAGACCAUCUACUCCAACUAGCCGCUCAAGUUCUACCGCAAGACCUUUGACUUCAUCUGCGCGUCCAGUGCAAUCACGAUCAUCUACACCUGUCAAAUCCUUGCCAGCUCCCACCAUUUCUCAUGGAGAGAAGGCCCGAGUUACCCAGAACCCAAGACCAUCAACCCCUACCGCCAGACCCCGAACCCCUGGAAACCUCAGUUCUAUAUCAGCACGGUCCAAUUCACGGCCAUCAACUCCUACUCGCCGGACCCCGACGCCAGCUCCUGCUUCAGCUCCAGCAGUAGGUCGCUCUGUUUCUGUUGGACGGGUCUUAGCGAAUAGCCGGCAUCCAGCAACAGCUUCUCGAGGAAGCUCUCCAGGUCCACAUGCACGCACUCCGCAGAAACCAAUUGUUCCCCCUGAUUUCCCUCAUGAAACACCACCAAACCUGAGGACAACAUUGCCAGUCCGACCUGUAUCUGCUUGUAGAAGUCGCCCAAUCAUCGGGGUCACUGUCAGGGGAAACUCAGAGGCAUCAGGACCUGCAAAUCCAUCACAGAGGCAACCAUCACCUAUUGUCACGAGGGGUAGGCUUCCAGAAAUUUCUGGAAGGGGCCGCUUACAUGCCAACGGACAUGACAUUGGUGCACCUGAAUCACAUAAGACCCCACCAGUCUCAGAGCCUUCAAUGCGGAAACCUGCAAAGUCUACAACAGCCACCGAGAAUACUGGAUUUGGAAGAACAAUCUCAAAGAAGUCUCUUGAUAUGGCUCUUAGGCAUAUGGAUAUCCGAAAUGGCACAGGGAGCAUUCGUUCUCUAUCAGGAACCACUCUCUUCCCUCAGAGCAUUCGCUCUACAGUUCCAAAAUUUCCAUCUGCUCGUGCCUUGCGUACUUCAUCUUCAGUAAGCAGCAACAGUGACCAACCUGGAAGCAGUAAUGGUUCCACGACAGAGAAUGGAAACCAAUCUCUAGAUGGUGAUGCUGAAGAAAAUAAUGGUCAACCUUCUACAGAGCUGAGUGAACCAGACAUUUUUGAGAGUUCCCAUUAUGAUGCAAUUCUGCUCAAAGAAGACUCAAAGAAUACAAAUUGGCUUGUCAGUGCUGAUGAUAAAUCAGAUCAGGGACUCAUAUUUGAUCACCGGUUUGAACCACUACCUGAACUAUUUGGUCUUAUAUGAAUUUUGGAUUGCUGUUGUUUAUUAAUUUAUUAAUGUUAAAGCCUUAAUUUUAAUUAUUUA